UGGUCUUUAGAUCUAGAAUCUAGAUUCUAGACCCAGAUCUAGACAAAGUAUUAGUACUAGGAAAUGCCCACUAAAUAGAGACUGGGAUAUAUUCUGUCUAGAUCUAGAUACUAUUUAAUUGUAUCUUUAAUAAUCUAAUAACAAAGUUUACCAAAAACUUUACUAGAUCGAGUACUAUUAAUACAUACUACUAGGCUAGUUUAACUAGGACUAGAUCUAUCUUUAUCUAGAAUCUAGAUCUAGAAUAAAAAAUAAUCUAGAUUUAGAUUUUAGAUCAUCUACUCUACUCAGUUCACUCAGUGACUCACAAUUUAUAUUUAAUAUUACACUGGACUACUGUAUUUAAUUUCAACUUUUCAAGUAUUUUUUUUUUACCUUAUUAGAUCUAGAUCUAGGCUCUAUAUCUAAAAAUCUAGACUAAAUUACUAAAAUCUACAUAAAUCCAACUCAGAGACUCUAGUCUAGAGUUACAGUCUAGUAGCAAUCAAAUGGGUCUAUUUGGCAAAACACAACAGACUUCACCUAAGGAACUGGUAAAUGAAUGGACUCACAAAUUACGAAAAGAAGGCUAUAAUAUUGAGAGACAGAUACGAGGUAUUCAGCGUGAGGAAGAGAAAACAAAAAGAAUGGUCAAAGAAGCUGCUAAAAAGGGGGACAGAGAUUCCUGUAGGAUUCUGGCUAAAGAAAUAGUAAAGGCUGAUAAACAAAUCAAUAAGCUGUAUGCAUCCAAAGCUCACUUGAAUUCUGUACAAAUGAGUAUGAAGCACCAAUUAGCUACACUGAGAGUAGCUGGUGCUUUAGGGAAAAGUACUGAAGUGAUGCAAAGUAUGCAGCAGCUGAUUAAAGUGCCAGAAAUUCAAGCCACAAUGAGAGAAAUGUCAAAGGAAAUGAUGAAGGCUGGUAUUAUUGAAGAAAUGAUGGAUGAUGCCAUGGAGACCCUAGAUGAUGAGGACUUGGAAGAUGAAGCAGAUGAGGAAGUAGAUAGAGUCUUGUAUGAAAUUACAGCAGGUGAACUGGGUAAAGCUCCAGCUGCUGUGGAGGACUCCCUACCAGAAACAGAAGGUGCCAGAGCCCCAGCUGCAAGAGCUGGUCCCUCUCGUGUGGCUGCUGCAGCUGUUGCUCUGGAAGAGGAUGAUGAUGAUGGUGACAUUGAUGACAUGAAAGCACGGUUAGAAGCACUGAGGAGUUGAAUAUCUUUGUUCUCAAGUAUAAUUUAUUGAAAUAUAUACAUAUACAAAGGCUACAACAGCCAAAAAUAAAAUAAAACUUAAAUUAAAAAAUAUGCUAAUUACCUUUAUGUGCACAAUACAGAGUAGACCUUUCAAAUGAAUAUAUUUAAGAAUUUAACUUUACUAAAUAACUUAUUACUUUGUAUUUAAAUUAGUUUAAAGUGCAGAGGCAUAUUGCUCCAUUUUUAAACCAAAAUUAUACCAUGUGAAACCAAUUUUUUUUAUUAAACCCAUAAACCUGAAGAUGACUUAAUUCCUAUUACAGUUAUUUAACAAUAUACAUUUGAAUAAGUUAUAUAUUUAAACAAACUAACUAUCUUGUUUGAAGGCACAUGCAUUGAUUCCACAGACUUACUAAAGCUAACAUUUUUUCCUGGAUAAAAGAUUUGUUUAGAAUAGAGUGUAAAUAAUCGUGGGUCAUUCAACAUGAUGUAAAAGUAUUUAUAGCAAAUGUUCACAUGUAUGGAUAGAAAAUUAAUUGUAUCAAUGAAGAUUUUUACUUAUUCACUAUUAAAUAUUCAUUGAUAAUUAAGAUUAUUAUAAUUAUUAUAUUUGCUUAUACCAUAUUGUGGUGGCCUCAAAAAUGUUUUUCUUUUAGCAUAGUAUAAGAGUAGAAAAGUAGUCAUAACUCUUAUGUAAGAAACUUGUAUAUAUCUGUAUAUUUUACUAUUUUAUUUUCACUCAUAUUUCUUUAUGUUUUACUAUUUUAUUUUCACUUAUAUAUCUUUUUGUUUUACUAUUUUAUUUUCACUCUAGAAUUAAAUUUAUUACAUAAGUAUUAGGUUUGUGUAAUAAUCUAUACAGUAUACUUUUUGUCAUUAUAAGCAUUUUUCUCUCUAUGAAUUAAAAUUAACAUUUUAUUAUUUAGUUUAUUUGUUUGCUUUGUGACACAUUGUUUUGUUUCUCUAUUUGUUAAAGAAUAUGCUGAUAUAAUUAUUAUUAUGUUAUAUAUUCCAUUGCUCAUUUUAAACUUUUCAAUUUCUGUUCUAAAUACAAAAUUGCUGUUUUUUAUUCAAAUCAUUUUGAUGAAAUGUUUCUUUGUUUUUUCGUUAAAACAAAUAUCUGUUCAUGAUCAUUUUUAAGAUUUUUUUUUUUAACCUGUAGAAAAAUAAUCUUUAUUAAUUUUUUUUUUUUUAAAGAAGUUCAAAGAGAAACAUUUACAUUAAACAUUAAACAAACAAGUUAGCACAUCUAAUCAUUUAGCUUUAGGUUAGCUUUUAUUAUUUAUAUAUCAUUUGUCAAUCUUGUUUCCAUUUAUUAUUUAUGCUGUAAUAUAUUUGUAAACUUAUGCCCAAAUUAUUGUGAAAUAUUUGUUUGUUUUUUUUCUUGUCAAAAUUUCAGUGUCUAGUUGAAAAACCCAAAAUAAUUAUCUAGUUUGUCCAAUAAUUUUAUUAAUUAUUUUUGAGUUUUUGUUUUGCUUUGUAUUUACAUAUUACAUAUAAAUUUAUAUAUACAUUUAAAAAAAACAACUUCAAAUUUCAUAGACCUAAAUCCAAUUAUUAUUCUGAUUAUUUAUUUUAAAAUUUAUGUUCAUAUAAAACUCUUUUUAAAAAAGUAAAAAUAUAAAAACAUUUGUGGAAAAAUUAUUUUGAAAAUUUUAUGAAAAUAGUGUAGAUAUUACAGCCUUUGCAAGAAAGAAAGUUUAGAAAUGUCAAGGAACUCCUUGUGGGUCUUUCACUUUUAGCUACUUAUGCUAAUAGUUUUGUUUCCUAUUGCUAUAAAAAAAAAAAAGGUUGUCUUUUACUUUGUUGAAUAAAUGUUUAAAAUUUGUUGUGCUUAUGAUUUAAUAUAUUGGCUCUCUUUGUACUGGGUAUAUGUUUAUAUUUCCAAUUAUUAUAAGUGAGCUGUUUUUAUUUCAUCUCAUUUAUAUAGAAUUUAAACUCAGUAUAUUUUAGGCCUACUCUCAGUUAAUUAAACCACCAUUUAUAAUCAUGCUCCCUCAAAGUGUAUAUGUAAAUAUGUUUUAUAAAUAUCAAUCUUCAUCUACACUUAAAUAACAUAAGAAAAAAUGUUUUAAAGUCUCUUUUUAAUUUUUAUUUCAGAAUAAACAAAUAAACAAAAUUUUGUUAAAAUUACAGGGUUAUUGUGGUACACUUUUUUUUAAAGUUAAUCCAAAACAAUCCAUUUGAAUUGUAUGAAACGUAUAUUUAAAAUUGUUUUAAUUGAUCUUUGGCAAUGACAGUUGUUUCCAGUUUUAUAUUCUCUUUGGAAGGAUAUUGUUAUGAUACCAUCCCUUUUUCAGAGGUGUAAUGUGGAAGAUAGACUAGGCAUUUUUACACUUAGAUUUGUCUCAAUAAAUCUUAACUUUUAGAUCAACAGCAUUGUUUUCAGAGAUCUUUGACAUCAGUCAGUUCACCCAUGAGAAAGCAUUAUUAAGAUGAUGUCUUUAUUCAAAUAUUUAAACUAACAAAAGCUUAAAUGGUGUUUUCUUUUGCAAAGGAAUGUUUUCUUUUUCAGCUCCUGGAUGGUUAAAUAUGUAUAGAUAAAUAUCUUUCUAAAAUGCCAUUAUAAUUUAAGAAUAGUAAAGAAUGGCAUGUCCAGUGCAUUGACUAGCUAAGUUUUCAGUUCUUAACAUUCAUGAAAACAAUAUGUGGAUUUCAAGUUUGGUUCAAUUAGUGACAUUUCUAAAAGAAAGUUUGAUUGUCAGACUUGUAAAAAAAAAUUUUUUCUCAGGGACCAUGGAUAAGCAUGGUUCAGCUUAUAGUCAGUUAAAAACCACAUAGAUUAAUGAAAUUCAAAAGUUUACUAGAUUGAAAGUUUUAGAAUAGUCUUUGACCAUAUUAUGUCUCCCCAGAGCACAAAAAAACAAAUAAAUGAAUAAUUUGUGAAUGUUUGAAGGGGUAUAAUCAAAUUUGAUGUUUUAAAAAUGCAACAGCAUUAUUUAAGAAACAUUUAAUACAUAUAAUUAGUUAACUUCUAAUAUAUAUAUAAUUUGUUAAUUGAAAACAUCCUAAAAAUGUGUACUCUGCCAUGUAAAUAUUUAGAUUUGACUUUAUGAAAUUGUUGAUCUAAUAAAAUAUACUUGUAUGCUGUACACUUUUC